AUGGAGGCAUACCUAGUGGAGGUACACAAAAUCGAGAAGCAAUUCUUGGGUCUGGAACUGCACCACGUGCCACGUGGCACGAACAAGGAAGCGGACGACAUCGCCAACAGGGCGUCCCGGCGCCUGGCUCAGGAGCCUGGCGUCUUCGAGGAGCGGCUCUUCAAGCCCUCAGCAGCCCCUCCUAUUGUGGGCCCAACAUCGCCCCAGGUGGAGCUCCCCCCAGUGCCCCUCUCAGGAGCCCCCGCUUGCGGCCCGACCUCGGGAGCGCGUCUGUUCCGUGCGCUCGAGCCUCAAGAGGGGUGCUGGACCGAAGAGUUCAAGGCGUACCUGCUUCAGGGAACCCUGCCGGAGAAGGAGGAAGACGCGGAGCGCGUGGCUCGGCAGGCCACUGCCUACUGCAUUCAGGAUGGUGAGCUCUACCGAAACGACCAAACGAUGUUUCCUUAUGAUGCAUCUCCAGUGAGCAGGGGUGUGAGCUAUUAA